UUCUACCUUGACUGGCCAUACCCGCAUUUCUCCCAGGCAUUGCUUGAAAUUGGUUUGUCAUAUUUGCAGAGAGGUCUGUAAGAAAAGCAAAUACUUUUUUGUGAUUUUUUUUACUUUGGAGUUUCCCCAAACUUUCCUUAAAUAUCCUGGAUACUCAGCUGCGUUUUGCCUCUGGGCUCUUUGGACGUGAUGUAGCAACUGCACAAGGAGACGCGUUGUGCCUGUGUAAAGGGACAGUCAUCUGGAUACCAAACACGGAGCCUGUUCUUUUCUCCUGCAAAAUUGUCAGAAUACACGGAUUCUAGCCAUUCAAGGCUCAACAACCGAGCGACUUUUCAAAAGAACAUAUUAAUUGGAGUUAUGCGGAAACAUUAUUAUGGUUCACGAUUCUUUCUCGUCUGACUCUUUGAGGAGAUAGGCAAAUGCAUGUCGCUCUGUGCGUAAGGACAAAAUCAAGUGGAUAAAGACAAUUGUGCGAAUUUUUUAAACGACUUACACUUUCAAUGGCAGGACUCGAAGGGUAUCAUCGCAUUUUUAUUAUCAUCUAAGGCACGAUUGGAUUAUGGCCCUCUGAAAUGUGAUGCCCUGGAUUAAUAAGGAACUCGGCCAAGCAAAGAACCACUCACACAGGGUAGCAUCCGGGCGGUGACGGGAGCAGAGCGGCACGGCGCCAGAGCUCGGGACCGUACAAGGGGGUGCCACCGUACCAAGGGGUGCCACCGCGGAGAGCAGCCGUUCGAGGACAGGACUCGAGUCGUGUCGCGCCAGGGAAGCCGUGACCCCUCGGCCGGACAGAUCAGCAGCGGGCGGAGGAGCGAGAGGAGAGAGGGGAGGCCAUGUGGACCGCACGCCUGCUCCUCCUCGCCAGCCUGUUUGCGCCAGCAGCUCUGGCGUUCAGUCGAGCGCCCAUCCCCAUGGCGGUGGUGAGGAGGGAGCUGUCGUGUGAAAGCUACCCCAUCGAGCUGCGCUGCCCAGGCACCGACGUCAUCAUGAUUGAGAGCGCCAACUACGGCCGCACGGACGACAAGAUCUGCGACGCCGACCCGGCCCAGAUGGAGAACACGCGCUGCUACCUGCCCGACGCCUACAAGAUCAUGUCCCAAAGAUGCAAUAACCGGACUCAGUGUGCGGUGGUGGCUGGACCGGACGUCUUUCCUGACCCGUGCCCUGGAACCUAUAAGUACCUGGAGGUCCAGUACGAAUGUGUGCCGUACAAAGUGGAGCAGAAAGUAUUCCUGUGCCCAGGCCUACUGCGAGGGGUGUACCAGAGCGAACACCUCUUUGAGUCGGACCACCAGUCCGGCGCCUGGUGCAAAGACCCCCUCCAAGCGUCUGAUAAGAUCUACUACAUGCCAUGGACUCCCUACCGCACCGACACACUCACAGAGUACUCCUCCAAGGAAGACUUCAUUGCCGGGCGACCGACGACAACGUACAAGCUCCCUCACCGCGUGGACGGGACGGGCUUCGUGGUGUACGACGGCGCCCUGUUCUUCAACAAGGAGCGCACGCGCAACAUCGUCAAGUUCGACCUGCGCACGCGCAUCAAGAGCGGCGAGGCCAUCAUCGCCAACGCCAACUACCACGAUACGUCGCCGUACCGCUGGGGCGGCAAGUCGGACAUCGACCUGGCGGUGGACGAGAACGGCCUGUGGGUGAUCUACGCCACGGAGCAGAACAACGGGCGCAUGGUCAUCAGCCAGCUGAACCCGUACACGCUGCGCGUGGAGGGCACCUGGGACACGGCAUACGACAAGCGCUCGGCGUCCAACGCCUUCAUGAUCUGCGGCGUCCUGUACGUGGUGAAGACGGUGUACGAGGACGACGACAACGAGGCCACGGGGAACAAGAUCGACUACAUCUACAACACGGAGCUGAGCAAGGACGGCUUCCUGGAUAUCCCCUUCCCCAACUCCUACCAGUACAUUGCCGCUGUGGAUUACAAUCCCAGAGACAACCUGCUGUACGUGUGGAACAACUACCACGUAGUCAAGUACUCACUGGAUUUCGGGGCGUUGGACAAUAGACCAGAUUCUUCUUCGUCCGUCAUGGUGUUCAUGGACACCACCACCACACGGACCACGACGCGACCCAGCACCGUCUCCACGACAACCACAACCCCCUCAGCCUCCUCUUCCUCGACCACAACCACCAGGCCUGCCACGACGACGCCGGUUGCCCAUCGACCGCAGACCACCUCCACCACCACCCUGUCUCCUCAGCCGCCAGAAGAGGGCAGCGUCCCGGAGGUCAACACCAGGUCGUCCCCGUCCUCCAAACUGCCCAACAUCGGCAUGGAGUACUGCAACCCCAUGGUGAUGUCCGACAUCAACUGGCCAAAGACGCGCCAAGGACUGGUGGCCAAACAGCCCUGCCCACCCGGAACCAUAGGUGUGGCCCUGUAUACCUGCAUGGGCCCCGACGGCUAUUGGGACCCCCAGGGGCCAGACCUCAGCAACUGCACCUCCCCCUGGGUGAACCACAUCAGCCAGAAGCUGAGAGCUGGAGAGACUGCCGCUGUCAUAGCCAGGGAACUGGCAGAGCAAACCAAAAGUCCACUCCAGGCGGGGGAUAUCACCUACACCGUCAAAGCCAUGGGUCAGCUGGUGGAUUUACUGGACGUGCAGCUGAGAAAUCUCACCCCUGGAGGCAAAGAUAGCGCGGCCCGCAGCCUAAACAAACUGCAGAAACGAGAACGCUCGUGCCGGUUUUACGUACAGGCGAUGGUGGAGACGGUGAACAACCUGCUGCAGCCCCAGGCCCAGGCGGCGUGGAGGGACCUGAGCAGCGGGGAGCAGCUGCGCGCCGCCACCAUGCUGCUGGACACGGUGGAGCAGGGGGCCUUCGUCCUGGCGGACAACCUCCUCAAGACCGACAUCGUCCAGGAGAACACAAACAACAUCCAGCUGGAGGUAGCCCGGAUGAGCACGGAUGGGAACCUUCCAGACCUUAAAUUCCCACAAACUGGUGGCCAUGGCAACUCCAUUCACUUAUCAGCAAGCACCUUGAAACAACAUGGGAGAAAUGGCGAGAUCCGGAUAGCCUUCGUCCUUUACAAACACAUCGGGGCCUACCUCUCCACAGAGAACGCCAGCAUGAAGCUGGGCAGCGAGGCCAUGGCCACCAACUACUCUGUCAUUGUCAACUCGGCCGUCAUCACAGCGGCCAUCAACAAAGACACCAACAAAGUCUACCUGUCCGACCCGGUCAUCUUCACGCUGAAACACCUGCAGCAGUCGGAGGAGAACUUCAACCCCAACUGUUCCUUCUGGGGCUACUCCAAGAAGACCAUGACUGGUUACUGGUCAACUCAAGACUGCAGGUUGCUAGGCACCAACAGGACCCAUACCACGUGCUCGUGCACACACCUGACCAACUUUGCUGUCCUCAUGGCUCAUGUGGAGGUCAAGAACACAGACCCGGUCCACGACCUGCUGCUGGACGUCAUCACCUGGGUGGGUAUCCUGCUCUCCCUCGUCUGCCUGCUCAUCAGCCUCUUCACCUUCUGCUUCUUCCGGGGCCUCCAGAGCGACCGCAACACCAUCCACAAGAACCUCUGCAUCAGCCUCUUCAUCGCCGAGUCGCUCUUCCUGGUGGGCAUCAACCGCGCCGACCAGCCGAUCGCCUGUGCGGUGUUCGCCGCCCUGCUCCACUUCUUCUUCCUGGCGGCGUUCACCUGGAUGUUCCUGGAGGGCGUGCAGCUCUACAUCCUGCUGGUGGAGGUGUUCGAGAGCGAGCACUCGCGCCGCCGCUACUUCUACCUGGUGGGCUACGGCGUGCCCUCCCUGAUCGUGGCCGUGUCGGCCGCCGUCGACUACCGGAGCUACGGCACCGACCGAGUGUGUUGGCUCCGACUGGACACAUACUUCAUCUGGAGCUUCAUAGGACCUGCAACCUUGAUAAUUAUGCUCAACGUGAUCUUCUUGGGAAUCGCACUCUACAAGAUGUUCCACCACACCGCCAUUUUGAAACCAGACUCUGGUUGUCUGGACAACAUCAAAUCCUGGGUCAUCGGGGCCGUGGCCCUGCUCUGCCUGCUGGGGCUGACCUGGGCCUUCGGCCUGAUGUACGUCAACGAGAGCACGGUGGUCAUGGCCUACUUGUUCACCAUCUUCAACUCCCUCCAGGGCAUGUUCAUCUUCAUCUUCCACUGUGUCCUUCAGAAGAAGGUGCGUAAAGAGUAUGGGAAGUGCCUGCGUACCCACUGCUGUAGUGGUAAAAGUGUGGAGAGCUCCAUUGGCUCAGGGAAGAGCACCGCCUCUCGUCCUCCGGGACGCUACUCCACAGGGUCACAGAGUCGUAUCCGUCGCAUGUGGAACGACACAGUGAGGAAACAGUCCGAGUCCUCCUUCAUGACUGGUGACAUCAACAGCUCAGCCUCGCUCAACAGAGAGCCCUACAGAGAGACAAAGGGAAUCCUGAACAAUGCCAGGGAUACAAGUGUCAUGGAUACUCUACCACUGAAUGGUAACCACGGCAACAGCUACAGCAUCGCCAGCGCCGAGUACAUGAGCGACUGUGUCCAGAUCAUCGACCGGGGCUACAACCACAAGGAGACGACGCUGGAGAAGAAGAUCCUGAAAGAGCUCACGUCCAACUACAUCCCCUCUUACCUGAACAACCACGAUCGCUCGGCCGAGCAGAACCGCAACCUCAUGAACAAGCUGGUCAACAACGUGAGCAACGGCGGCAAGGACGGCGGGUACGGCAUGGGCAUGGGCAUGAACGUGACUCUGGGCCUGGACGACCACUCCUCCUUCCCCUGCCACCAUGAGGAGGGCCUGGGCUUGGAGCUCAUCCGCGAGGAGUCCAACGCCCCCCUGCUGCCCCAGCGGCCGCCUCCGCCCCUCCAGGCAGUGGACAACCUCCACAACCACCUCCACCAGUCGGCGGCCCCUCCCCUGCCGCUCCCCCACCACCCCUUCUCCUCCUCCACCAACACCUCCUCGUCCUCCCGGAGGAGGAUCCCGCAGGAGAACAGCGAGAGCUUCUUCCCCCUGCUGACUAACGAGCACACCCAGGAGCAGGCCUCGUCGCCCGGACACAACCACCACCGGGACUCCCUCUACACCAGCAUGCCCAUGCUGGCCGGCCUGCCCGACGCCUCCGGCAACGGCGACAGCGCCAAGGACGCCGGCGGAGAGGCCCACCCGGCGGGCAAGAGCCCCGAAGCCAGCUCGGACGACGUCUAUUACAAGAGCAUGCCCAACCUGGGCUCGCGCAACCACCUCCACCAGCUGCACUCGUACUACCACCUGGGCCGCGGCAGCAGCGACGGGUUCAUCGUCCCCCCCAACAAGGAGGAUUUAACCCCCGAAGAAGCCCCUCCGGAGCCCUCUCACCUGGUCACCAGCCUAUAGACCCUUGCGGACCGCCACCUCCCCCCUCACGCUCUCCCCUCUCCUGCCGUGAUCCUCCACCCCCUCCCCCAGCCCCCCUUGUGCUGAUCAGUUGUUCGGCAGUGGUAGCCUUUUUUUUAUUCUAUGUACUAUACUGACGACUGAGAUAAAGAACAACACCUGAACAUCGCUAGUGCUGACCACAAUUGGAAUACAGAGAUGCUUUGUUGGGUGGCUAAUGUGACUAGACUCGGUUGAACGUGCUGGAACUAUGGAUGUGCGUUUCUUGUUUUUGUGCAUCUCAAAUCUUGGAUUGACGCUUAUGGAUUGACGCUUUUUGUCUCAGCGUGAUAAGAGACUAGUACUCUGGUGGGACUUUUGGGCAGGGAAAUUCAUUUUGACAGUCCAAAUGAACUACACACGGCCCAAAGCUUCACAACGACUAGUUCAUGAGCAGAGUAAACCAGAACAAAGACGGGGAUAAAAAAAAAAAACUAUUUUAUUAUACUUCUGUAUCCCUUCUGGCUUUUUGAAAGAUUUUCUUCCUCUUGUGAAUUGCAGCACUUUUUUUCGGCUGAAGUGUUCCUGCAAGUCAAACAAAAACUGAUUUUGAACGAUUCUCAUGAAGGACAUCUUUAUCAUAUAUACUGUAUGCUUUAGAGCAUAUCUUUUCUGUUCCCUUUUCCUUUUGCUGUAAUAAUAACAAUUGUUAAAAAAUAGGGAGAAAAAAAACUAAUAACAGAGAAUUAUGAGAUAUUUCUAUGUAACUGUACAGAUACUAGCAUUGCACAUAAUAGUAUGCUUUUUGUUCCCGCCCAAACCUUUGUCUCUGUAAAUGUAGUGGAUAGGAGCAUUUCCUUUUUGUUGUGCUGGUCUUGUUGGAAUUCUGAUACCAGUGUGAACAUUGUUUUUUCUUUAUCCUGUCAUUUGUUUUCCAAGAAACAACAAACAAAACAGCAAAACAAAAUAACAACAACAAAAAAAUCACAAAACAAAGCACUCGCCGUACUUUUUUCUAGCAGUGUAUUCACCAAUGUUUUCGGAACCAUUUUGUUUUACAGCUUGAGUUUCUUCACUGUGUAGAUAGAUGGAGAUUUCUGGUUCGAGUACCACAUAAUGGACAACAUUUUAAGUGUCUGAAAAGUAAGCCAAGAUACUGUUCAAUGUCCUGCAGAGAGGUGAGCAGAGUAGCCUGAAUUUGGCUGGCAGUCAGAUGAGGCGCUGGUGUUUUUCAGAAAGUACAAAUUGAAUAUUGAUGAGCACUAGGCACUUGUUAAAAUAAAGAUGGCUGUUUUACUUAUUAAAGAAAAAACCUUCGAAGUGAAAAAUCAACUGGAGAAGUGUUUUUCUUUUUUCCCCUCAAGGGGAAAAGUAUUUAUUUAUUUGUUAAAAAAACUACA